UUGAAACAUUCGCCUUCUGCACAGCUGCACAGUCUGCUGCCACAGGUACCUUCAGUGCACUUAAUAUGGCAGAUAUCAGCAAAACCGAGAAGGUUCAGCUGCACGUGCCAGAUUUAGAGGAUCUUCGUGGUGUGUUACAAACAGGGCUGGAAGAGAACUUCGCUGAAGUGCAGGUGAGUGUUGUGGAGUGUCCUGAUCUCACCAAAGAGCCCUUCCAUUUUCCUGUUAAAGGCUUGUGUGGAAAUCCUCGAAUCACUGAUGUUGGGGGUGUGCCAUACUUGGUGCCUUUGGUCCAGAAGGAUAAGGAAUACAACAUGAACACCAUAUCAAAGGAGCUGGAGCUGCCGGGAGCCUUCAUGCUGGGUGCUGCAGGCGCUGCUUCUAGGGUUGUUGGAAUGAAUGCAGAGCUAAUGCCUUUGUGUCUAACCGAAGCUGAGGGAAGGCCUGCGGUGAACGGCAGCUAUUUCUCCUCCAUCAAUCCAGCCGAUGGAAAGUGUCUGCAGGAAAAAUACAGCGACAAGUUCUCCGACUGCAACUUUGGACUGCUGGGAAAUCUGUACGCUUGUGAGGGGAAGCCUGGGAAGGUCCUCAAGGUUCGAGCCAAAAAGAGGACAGGAGGUCACAGUCUGGUGACGUCCUUGAGGAAGACUCUAGAAGGUCAGUACCCGGAGAAAAGCCUGGCUCUGGGAGGAACCUUCAUCAUCCAAAAGGGGAAAGCUAAGAUCCACAUAAUGCCAAGAGAGUUCUCCGUCUGCCCCCUCCACUCCGAUGACGAUGUGAACAACUGGCUGAAGCACUUUGAGGUCAGCGCCCCGCUCAUCUGCCAGUCUGUGCUCGUGUCCAGAGAUCCGGGUUUGGAUCUGCGUGUCGAGCACACACACUGCUUCAGCCACCAUGGUGAAGGAGGUCACUACUACAUCGACACCACCCCCGACAGUGUGGAGUACCUGGGCUACUUCCUGCCUGCAGAGUUUGUGUAUCGUAUCGACAGGCCUAAAGACACCCACACAGUCGGACGAGACUGAACACUUAAUGAAUGAAUGAAUGAAUGAAUAAAUCUUUUGUGACACAAAUUAUCUCUUGAUAAAUCAAGUAGUAUGUGAUUUAUAUUACUGUCUAUGUUUUAUAAAAUCACACACGAAGUUGACUUUUACUAUGUAAAUGAUUGGGUUGCAUCUUUUCUGUGAGUCUUUGCUCUGAAAUAACCUCUAAGAAUCCCUAUGCAUUUCUUAUAAACUGAAUCACUACAUUUGGUUUAAUAAAAAUCUUGUUGAGUUUC